AUGGCCUGUUUUAUCCCGAGAGACCUUCUUCUCUCCAUAGCUCUCUCCUUCACCAUUGUUCUGCUUUUUCCCGUGGCCCUUUCCAAAAGUGUUGAAGGAGCAGAAGCAGUACACCACCACGGGGGACGCAUACUCACCGGCUACGUCAACAUUGGCAUCCUAUGGUACGGCCCAAUUCCAAGGGUCCAAAGGAAAGCCAUUUUGUCCUUCUUCAGGUCCCUCAGCACCGCCACCCCUACCGCCGAUAACCUACCUCAGGUGGCAUCAUGGUGGAACAUGGUCGAGAGCUAUCAAGCAUACACCGAUCCACCUGCAUCUGGUGCCCCCAAGAUCACCGUGAAGGUGGUAAACCAAGCGUCUGACCCAAAUUACUCAUACGGAAAAGUUCUGAUCAGAGAUUUCAUCAAGCCCCUCCUCCCCACGGCAACCGGAGGAAAUCCAAACACCGUGGCUCUCAUCAUAGCCAGCAAGGGCGUGACCGUGCAGGACAUGUGUGCUGGAUCAUGCGCACAGCACGGUCUUCUUGACGAUCAAGUAUACGUUGCAGUCGGGGACCCGGAGGAGGAGUGCCCUGAAUGUGCAUGGCCAUUCGUGGCGAGCAAUGGAAAGGUGGGCGCAGUGAUGAAGCCACCGAACGGGGAUAUUGGAGCAGAUGUGAUGGUGAAGUUGUUGGCAGGAGGUUUGGCCGGAGUAGUAACAAACCCUUACGGGGAUGGGUUUUACGCAAGUGCACGCGGAGAUAAUAUUCUGGAAGCCACUAGCAGGUGCCCUGAUAUUUUUGCAUCAAAACAAAUCCCUGUCGACUCCGAAACCGGUGGAGCCUAUAAUACGGUCGGCGACAAGGGCACCAAGUUCUUGCUCCCUGCUAUUUGGAACCCCAAAACUUCCUCCUGCUGGACUCCUCUCUAG